AAUUUUGUCGUCAAACGAAAAAUUCGUGGUCGUCGUCUUUGUCAUCAUCAUCAUCAUCAUCAUUCGAAUCAAUGAAAUAGUGGUGGUGGUGUGCACAACCAUAUGCUCUAUUGGCUAACUUUGAUAUUGUGGCGGUUCAUCAUGCACUAUGUCUAUGGUACAUAGUGAAAAAGUUUGAUCACGAUACACACACGCCUAUAUUAUAUUUUCAUCAAAUUCAUUUCAGAUUCUUUGCAUUUGUCUCUCUCACUGUGUUUUCAUCAAUUGCUUAAAAAGCAUCCUUGAAUCGAUUAAUCCAUCGAUCAGCGAUCAGAAUAGAAAUAUGUCUGAUUUUAUUCUUUCAAAAAUUCAAUGUCAUAGUUCAUUUGCUAUAGUAGAUAGGUAGUUAUGCGGAUGCCAAAAAAAACUAUAUGAAUGACAUGAGAUUCUCUAUUUUUUCCACUAAACACACACACACACAUAUACCAACCAACCAACAAACAAACAAACAAGUGCCACAUUCACCCAACAACAAUUGUUGGUUUUUUUCGUUGUCGUCAUCAUUACUUCAUUACUUCAUUACCAUUGAAAAUAGCAUCACAACCGAAAUUCAUAACUGUCAAUGUCAAUGUUGAAUUUUCAAGCGAAAAAAGAGAAAAUUGACAACAACCACUGCGACGACAGAAAGAUGGCAAAAUUAUAAAGAAUUCAUUCACCACACUACUACUCACCAGAUUUAAGUGAAAUUAAUUCAAGGUCUCAUCAUCAUUUUUGUUUCGAAUGAAAUUCAUCAUCUUCCGAAAACAAAAAUUACUAAACAAUUAAAAAACGAACAAACCAUCCACCAAAUAUAAUGACCAAUAAUAUUGUUGAUUGUUGUGAAAAUGUCAAUAGCGACAACGGAAACGGUGCGGAUGGUAGCGGUAAUGUUAAUGGUAAUAAAAUGAAUUUAUUGAUGAAACAAACUGUACCAUUCACCGAUAAUGAUAAUAAUGGACCAUCAUCAUCAUCAUCUAAUCCAUAUGUUUCUGAUGACGAUGGUCAAAAUCGAUCCAUUUGUUGUGGAAAUGAACAUCAACAACAACGGCUAUCAUUCUCAUCAUCAUCAUCAUCAUUAUCAACAUCGACACCACCACCAUCAUAUAAUAGCCAUGUAAAUAAUCAAGAUUCAGCUAAUCGACAAUUAUCACCAUCUUUGAAUGGUAAAGCAAAUUAUAUUGUUAUUGAUGAUGAUAAUCACCAUCAAUACACUGAUCAAAGAAAUCGAAAUGGAUCAAUAGCUAUGCCAACAAAAACAACAACAACAACAACAAGUAACAAGCAUUCAUCAUCGAAUUCGUCUUCCUCAUCAUCAUCAUCAUCUUGUUGUUCACCACCACCAACGCCAUCAUCAAUAUCAACAUCUUCAUGUUUGAUAAUGAAUGGUGAUUAUUCAAUAUGGCAAAUUCUACAUAUGAUUCUUGUCGUAAUUUCGUCAGCAACAAUCAAUGGUGUUGUAUUCGGGGUCGUCAAUAAUUUCGGUGUAUUCUAUGCCUAUCUUACUGAAUUAUCGAAAACGGACAUUACAGCAUUAGGUUUCAGUAAUAGUAAUCAUGAAGAUCAAAUCACGACAACAAUAUCAACAGUCAAUAUUUCUCUUACGGCUAAUAUGACGACCACGACAACAUUAGAUGCAGUCGUACAAUCAUUAAUCGCUGGUGUUGGUUCCUUCAAUGUUGGCUUGAUAUUUUUCUGUUCAAUAUUUGCAUCGGUAUUGAGUGAUCGUUAUGGUAUACGAAUGAUAUGUUUUAUUGGCGGUAUAUUAGCCACAAUUGGAAUGUAUGCAUCAUCCGUAUCGCUCAAUCUAAUUUAUCUUUACAUCACAUAUGGCCUAGUGCUAGGUAUCGGUGCUUCAUUAGUAUAUGGGCCAUCAUUAGCCAUAUUGGGACAUUACUUUACUAAACAUCUUGGAUUAGUAAAUGGCCUAGUUACAGCUGGUAGUUCAGCAUUUUCCAUUAUAAUGCCCAUUCUAUUACGUUGGCUACUGGAUCUUGUUGGCAUUCAAAUCACUUUCAAAUAUUUGUCCAUAUUGAUGGCCACUUUGGUACUUUGUUCAUUAUCAUUCAAGGAACAAAUCAAACGACCAUCAAAACAAAAUGGUUCAGCCAAGAAAAAUCUUGCCAACAUGUUUUUCUACGAUGCACUAUGGAAGAAUAACCUCUACCUUUAUUGGGUCAUCUCCAUACCGAUGGGAUUGUUUGGUUAUUUUGUGCCAUUCUGUCAUCUUGUCAAACAUGCUCGAGAUAUUAAUUCUGUUUAUCAAGGUGAAGUAUUGGUCAUGUCUAUCGGCAUCACCUCCAUGAUUGGCCGUUUGAUUACCGGGCCAUUAGCUGAUGUAUCAAGAAUCAACAGAAUUUGUUUACAACAAAUUGCGUUCGCUUCAAUUGGAUUGUUGACCAUGUUUUUGCCAUUUGUUCGUGAUUUUCCUCUGCUACUCGUUUGCUGUGGUCUAGGACUUUUUGAUGGCACAUUCAUCUCAUUGCUUGGACCGAUUGCAUUCGAUUUAGUCGGGCCGGAAUAUGCUAAUCAAGCCAUAGGUUUAUUGUUGUGUUUCUGUUCACUUCCGUUGACGACUGGCCCACCAAUUGCCGCUUACGCAUAUGGAAUCUAUGGCAAUUAUAAAUUGGCAUUCUGUUUGGCCGGUAUACCACCCAUAUUUGCUGCGAUAUUAAUGUUGAACAUAAUACGUAUGCAACGAAUACAACGACGUCGUACAUCGACCAUUAAAUUGGGCAUCGAUGAACCACGAGCCGUAUUCGAUGACGUAUUGAUCGUCAAUCAUAAUCACCGUAAUAAUAGUAAUCAUAAUCAUAAUGGCCAUAUUGGACAUAAUAAUACCAAUACUAAUAAUAACAGUAGCAGUAAAUUAUUGAUAAAUGGAUGCAUGAAUGGUGAAAAAUUGCAUUUACUCAUCAAUGUUCCAGGACAGGAUAAUCAUCAUUAUCAUCAUAGUCAUAAUCAUAAUGAUAUUAAUGGCACAACUAAACUGAAACUUUCCAAUAAUGAUGAUGGCCAUUUAUCAAUGAUCGAUAAUGAUAGCAAUGAUUCAGAUAAUAAUAGUGGUAAUGAAAAAACGGGCUUAUUGGAUACUGAUUGUGGUUGUAAUAUGAUGAUGAUUAUUUCAGCUAAAGAUCAUCAUCAUCAUCAUUGCCAAUCACCCUCAUCAUCACCAUCGUCAUCAGUAUCCAAUAAUGCGAAUCAUGAUUCAUCGUCCCCUCGUAAAUCUUCGAUAAGAAUUUAAAUUUUGUUUCGUCUAAAUAAAAUGGCCAUCCACACCAUUUGCUUGUCAUUAUCAUCAUCAUCUCAGACACAUGAACAUGAUUUCUUCUCAUUCAUUAGUGAUCUUUUCAAAUUCGAAUCAUCAUUUCUUCUCUUUCAUUACGAAAUGGAAUUCCAUCGUUUUCGAUUGAAUUUUUUUUUCUAUUGUUCAUCACGAUCAUCUCUCUCUUUUUGAUUCUACAAUGUGAUUAUUAUUAUUACACAUUUUUUUCAUUUGCUAUGUCUAGAAAUUGUUGAUCAAGUCAUAUAAAUAUACUUUAUAUUAUAUAUAUAAUACAUAAUUACAUCAAAUAUGAAACCACCUAUCAAUCAACCAAUGAUGAUAUAACGCCACCUCCCCCACAAAAAUAUUUUCUUUAUUUUUUGUUCAAUUUCAUUCAUUCAUUC